AUGCCCUCGGUCCUACGAGAAACAGGAGAAAAGCAAAACGUUCAACCGUUGACCGAUAUUGAAACAUUUCAGGACGUUUUGGUUUACAAGCGAGCGACCAUUGCGAGGAAGUACGUGUCGACGUGGUUUGGGCCGGACGUCUUGGGUACCGUGCCUUUCGCAUCGCUGAUAGGGCUCUUCAUCACCACCGUGGAUAGCCUGCAAAGCGUCAACUUCUUACGGCUGGUACGUGUGUUCCGGCUGCUGAAGCUGAUGCGGAUCCUGCGGCUCUCUAGAAAAAUGGCGAAAGUCGACUUCUCCCGGCGGCUAAACCCCUCAAUUGUGCGGCUCAUCAAGCUGCUCGGAAAGAUCGUGUUUGCUGGACACUUGCUUGGGUGCACGUGGUUCAUGGUGGAUGAGUGCGACGUCGACGGCGGUGACGACAUGUGGCCGAAAUGUGGAGGGGAAAGCCUCGGCUCAAAAGCGAGGCUCUGA